CGCCUUUGGGAGCCCGCUCGGGCGGGGAGGAGCUGCCCGGCUCAGGCCCCGCCCGCGCGGAGGCUCUUGGGGUGGGUCAGGGUCCCCUCCUGAGACUUGAGCACCCACCCCGCCUGGCCCUCAAAUCCCUUCCUACCGCGGCUUGAUCCGGCUCAGCUCCGAGGUGUUUGCAGCAGCUCUUUCUGAAAGUCCAGCCAUCUGUUACCUGCGUGGCGUCCCGGGGAGGGAUAGUCCAUCUCGGGGCACUGGGAGACCGGGUGAGUGUGCUCCGCGGAGCCUGGGGGAUGCUGUUGGCCCCGGGCUGUGUCCCGCGUUGACUGCCUCAUACAGAGCCUCUGAAACCCUCGUAAGAAAAAACGAAGACCCUCUCCCCGUGAGUCUCAGUGGGGUGCUGACCUAAAGUGACCUAAGCCCUGCCUACCUAGAGUUGCUGGCCCAGCGCUUGUCCUCUCUCAGGGUGGAUGGGGCGAGACCCCCGCCGGGGUCAAUGUUUUCCCUGGGGCGAGGGCUGCGCACUUUGCAGCGGCUGGCUCCCCUCCCUAGGACCCAGGGAGACACUCACUACUCCUGUUCAUUCUGUGUUUUACGUGCCAGCUGCGUGAGAGGAGGGACCCACCUUCUUGUCUGGAAGAGAAAGAGCUGGCAUUGAGCUGGAGAGGCUGGACAUGUCUGAGGAACUGCCCUGCCCAGGCAAAGAGACUCCUGUCCCCGGCUGCAGACUGGGGGCCCUGUACUGGGCCUGUGCGCACAAUGAUCCCACCCAGCUCCAAGCCAUACUGGAUAGUGGGGUCUCCCCAGAGGAGGCCACCCAGGUGGACAGCAAUGGGAGGGCCUCAUGGUCGCAUGCUACCAUGGCUUCCAGAGUGUGGUGGCCCUGCUCAGCCACUGUCCUUUCCUCGAUGUGAACCAGCAGGACAAAGGAGGGGACACGGCCCUCAUGUUGGCUGCCCAAGCAGGUCAUAUGCCUCUGGUGAGUCUCCUGCUCAACUACUAUGCGGGCCUGGACCUGGAACGCCGGGACCAGCGGGGGCUCACAGCGUUAAUGAAGGCUGCCAUGCGGAACCGCUGUGAGUGCGUGGCUGCCCUCCUCAUGGCAGGUGCUGACCUGACAGCGGUGGACCCUGUUCGGGGCAAGACGGCUCUGGAAUGGGCGGUGCUGACCGACAGCUUCGACACGGUGUGGAGGAUUCGGCAGCUGCAGCGGCGGCCUCGAGUGGAGCAGCUUAGCCAGCACUACCAGCCCGAGUGGCCCGCCUUGCCCAGGCUCGUGGCCCAGGCUCAGGCCCAGGCCCAGGUUGCCCCUUCACUCCUAGAGCGGCUGCAGGCUACCUUGAGCCUCCCCUUUGCCCCGUCCCCUCAGGAGGGGGGCGUUCUGGACCACCUUGUGACUGCCACGACCAGCUUGGCCAGUCCUUUCCUCGCCACUGCCUGCCACACUCUGUGCCCUGACCACCCACCUUCCCUGGGCACCCGAAGCAAGUCCGUGCCAGAGCUGCUAGUGCCAGCCAAAGCCCAGUCCUGCACGACAUCAAAGCCUGGCCCUUCCUCUCUGGCGAUACCAGGAGCUCAGGAUGGAGAAGAGGAAGCAGGAGGAGAACAGAAUGACCCAGAAGUAGGAGAAGAUGGGCUAGGACAGGCUGGAAACAGGUCAUCAGGCCCCUCCCCAGGCUUCUCUCCCCUCUGGAGCAUCUCCUGCCUCCCCAUCCACCUCUGCCUAAGUAAAUCUGCUCUCCACCCAUAUACAAGGCCAUUCAUUCCAGCAUUGUUUGCAGGAGUGAAAGAGUGGAAACAAGCAAAGUGUCCAUCAAUAAGGGACUGGCUAGAUGGAUUAUGGAUGUAAUUGCUGUACACCCCUGCAGUGCAUGCUCUACAGCGCAUUCUAAAAUAAGACUAAGGAAGCUGUUUAUAUUCUUAUAUGAAACUGCCCUCAAGAUGUAUAAGGUAAAAGUAACUGAGGAGUGGAACAGCGUGUAUGGUGUAUUAUUACCUGUCCAAGUAAAAUUUUCACGAAGAUAAA